GCACCCUCCAGCCUGAGGACAGGGGGCUCACCGCCACAUGGCCCUCUCCUCAAAACCCUGGAGGGGCUUUGCCACCCUUGCUGGGAACAGCCUUGACCGUGGGGACCCCGCGGCGGUGACUCAGGGAUGCUGGGGGUUGUGAAACAGGCCUGGGAUGGUUUGGGAGACGCCUCCACAUGGCCCCGCCAAGCCCAGCUGCCCCGGGGAGCCGGUUGGGGGAACAAGCCACAGCAGCGUCUGGGCUUUGCGCGGUGGCCGACCCGUCAGGCAGGUUUCCCGGAGCAGCAAGCUGAGGCGGAGAGAGCCAUCCAGGGCCAGGCAUGCUCCUCCGCCUGCUCUCUGGCUGACGGAGCCAUGCGAGCAGCCGGGUUGCUGCUGGCUUGGGCGCUGCUGCGUCCUGCCGGCACCCAGCAAUGCCAUCUCGCCGGCCCCGGCGGCGUCCUCCGUUUCACCGACACGCACGCCGAGAUUCGGGUGCCAGCGCUGCACCGGGUACCCAGCUCACUCGAUCCCCUCUACGGCCUUGUCCGGCGCUGCCUGGACCUCAUCCAGCAAAAUCCCCUGCCCACAGAGCUGCUCAGAGCGGCCCUGAACGACCCCAGCUCGGUGCAGACCUCGCAGGUGGUGCAGUAUGAGCUGGGCUACGUUGUCUGUGCCGUGGUGGCUCUGCUCUUCACUGUGGCCAUGCCGGUGGCCGGGAUGUGCUUCUGCUACUGCCGGAGCCGCCGGCGGUGCGGGGGCCGCCUGCGUGCCCACCGGCGCUCACUGGGCUGCCGCCGCCGCUGCCUGCUGACCUGCCUGUCCCUCACCUCCCUCGUCAUCCUGACCAGCGUCAUCUGCGCCUUCAUCACCAGCCAGCGGGUGAAGGGGCAGAUGGAGCCGGGGCUGGGGGCCGUGCCGGCCACACUGCGCACCCUGCGGCAGCACAUUGCCAAUGUCCCCCAGGGGGUGCAGAUGGUGGUAGACCAGUUUGAGGUCCCCCGACAGCAGAUACUCUCGGAUCUGGGUGGGCUCAGCCGGAGCGUGGGGCUCUCCAUCCACGCGCAGCUGAAGGCGAUGACCUACGCGGCGCUGGCGGACCUGCAGGACAGGGCUGGAGACCUACAGACCUCGCUGCACCAUUUACAGAUUCUCGACAAGACGGUGCGGGCGCUGGCGUCGGCGCGGGCCGAGCUGGAGCCGGCGCUGCAGGAACGGCGGCGGCGCGUGGUCACGCUGCUGGACGACCCGCGCUGCACCUCCUGCGCCAGCGUCCUGGGCAGGGCACAGAGCCUGGAGCUGGGUGCCGACUACAGCAAGGUGCCAUCGGUGGAGAAGGUUUUGAAGGCUCUGGCCGGUCUGCCCCGAAGCGACUUUGCAGAGAUGAUUCGCCAGGGCAAUGGCACCUUCAACUCCAUCCCAGAGCUGGCUGUGGAGAGGAUGGCACAGGUCAUCCAGGAUCUGCGAGAUGAGAUGGCCCGCGUGACGGAGAAGGUGCAGUCCAUUGCCAACAGCUUCCCCCUCCCCGACUACACCCGGCCCGUCAGCGAAGCCCUGGUGAAGGCGGAGGACAGAAGCCAGCCGUACCUCCGGGAGGUGGAGCGCUUUGAGCAGUACAGGUGGAUCGCGGGCACGGUGCUGUGCUCCAUCGUCCUCCUCAUCCUUGCCUGCAACGUGACAGGGAUGGCCCUGGGGGUGUACGGUCUCUCCAAACGGGAGGACCCGAGCGACUACGAGUGCCGAGGAGAAGCUGGAGCCAAGCUUCUCCUGGUCGGCGUGGGCCUGGCUUUCCUGUUCUCCUGGCUCCUCAUCCUCCUGGUUUUCACCACCUUCCUGGUUGGGGGCAACAUCCAGACGCUGGUUUGCAGGAAUUGGGUCAACCAGGAGAUCUAUAAGUUUGUUGACACCCCCGGGAACCUGCCUCCAUCCAUGAACCUCACCCGCCAGCUCAACCUCAGGAGGGACUCCAACCUCAGUGCCACGUACCGGGAGUGCAAGACCGGUGCAGGGCUGUGGGAGGUGCUGCAGCUUGAGAGGUCCUAUGACCUGGAUGAGCAUCUAAAAACCCCCAAGUACACGGCUGAUUUCCAAAAACGCCUGGGUGACUUCACGGCACGCCUGGGUGAUGUGCGACUCCUCCGCAGCGAGGGCAGGCAGGACCUGGAGACCUUCGCCCGCAGCGGUGUGGACGAGGUGGACUACAGGCAUUUCCAGGAGGAGAUGAAAAACCCCGUGGUGCAAACCAGCCUCCGCGGCUUGGCAAGGAGCCUUGAGGGGCUGCAGAAAAUGCAGAGGAAUGGCACGGUGGCGGGGCGGCUGGCUGCCGAGGCCCAGGCCCUGUGGCAGAUGCAAAACUCCACGGUGCAAUCGCAGGAGGCUUUGGUGGCAAAGCUGGGGGAAAGCGUCCAGUUCCUCUCCCGCUUGGCACCACAACUUCAGGAGCGAGUGAAGACGACGCUGGCCACCAUGGCUUCAGUGGAAGCCCAGCUGCCUGCGCAAGCCCAGCAGAUCCUCCGGCAGGAGAUCGGCUGCUUUACGAGGAAGGAGCUGCGGUACUUCACGCAGUACCUGAACUGGGUUGGGCAGACGCUGAGGGAGGACGUGGCUUCGUGCCAGCCGCUUGCCACGGCCCUGGACAAUGGGCGGGUGAUCCUGUGUGACCGUAUCGCUGACCCCUGGAAUGCGUUCUGGUUCAGCCUGGGAUGCUGCACCUUCUUCCUCAUCCCCAACAUCAUCUUUGCCGUCAGGCUCACCAAACACUUCCGCCCCAUCCGCAACCGGCUCAUCUCUACAGGUUCAGAGGAGACCUGUCCCUUCCACAUCCCCCGUGUCACGGCACUCAAGCUCUAAGGCGGGGACCUGCCAGGCGCAGCAGCAUGCCCUGCGCCCCAGGAGCCCCCAUCAAACUUGUGCCCAAGCCUUGCAGGGCUCUGGCUCCCUCUGAACGUCUCUUCUUCGGUGUCCUUCGCCGUCUGAGCAUCCUUCCCAGGCACAGGCUGCUCAUCUCCACACGCCACGGGGCUCCGGGUCUCUCCGAUGUCUCUUCCUCGGCCACUUUCGGGGGCUAAGCACCCGUCGGGGACACUCCUGGAGCCCGGCUGAUCCAGGACGCAUGGGAUGGUUCCCUCCAGCUCCCGCUAACCACCGGUGUACCCCUCGCAGACCCCGCGGGGAAGGACGCCAGCCCACUGCCCCACAACGCUUCCCCACCCCCAGGACCCCCGGGCAGCGGCCACAUUAAAGUCCUCCCCAGCCAAACCCGCCACCGCCUGCUUUGCUUCGCGGCCACCAUCUCCCCUGGUUUCCACAGGGAACCCGUUCAGGCCUGGGGGGCAGGUGGGUGGCAGCUGCAGGGGGGAGAAGGCCCAGCCCGGACCACCUGCUCCCGCGGGAGGCCUCGA